GGGAUUGGCAGGGUCGCUAUUCCCCAGCCUCUCCGGAGAAAACUCGGGGAAGGGACAGAGCCUUCACGCCCAUGGAUGCCUGGGGGGGACCCGCACCCCGCUGGAGCCGCCGCCACCGCGGGGCCCGGCUUCUGCUGCUGCUGCUCACCGUGCGGCUGGGGAGCGGAGCAGACAAAACAGAUGAUGAGGAUGAUGAAGAUCUAACUGUGAAUAAAACAUGGGUCCUUGCACCAAAGAUUCAUGGUGGGGAUGUAACUCACAUACUGGACUCCUUACUUCAAGGAUACGACAAUAAGCUUCGGCCAGAUAUUGGGGUGAGAACUACGGUAAUUGAAACAGAUGUCUAUGUUAACAGCAUUGGCCCAGUUGACCCAAUCAAUAUGGAAUACACUAUAGAUAUAAUUUUUGCCCAGACUUGGUAUGACAGUCGUCUAAAAUUUAACAGCUCAAUGAAGGUGCUUAUGCUUAAUAGCAAUAUGGUUGGAAAAAUUUGGAUCCCAGACACUUUCUUCCGGAACUCAAGGAAAUCUGAUGCUCACUGGAUUACAACUCCAAAUCGUUUGCUUCGAAUCUGGAGCGAUGGAAGAGUAUUAUACACCCUAAGGCUGACAAUUAAUGCUGAAUGUUAUCUUCAGCUUCAUAACUUUCCUAUGGAUGAACACUCCUGUCCACUGGAGUUUUCAAGCUAUGGAUAUCCCAGAAAUGAAAUUGAAUACAAAUGGAAGAAAACCUCUGUUGAAGUGGCAGAUCCAAAAUACUGGAGAUUGUAUCAGUUUGCAUUUGUGGGGUUACGAAAUACUACUGAAAUUUCUCAUACCUUGUCUGGUGAUUAUAUUAUUAUGACAAUCUUCUUUGAUCUCAGCAGACGUAUGGGAUAUUUCACUAUUCAGACAUACAUUCCUUGUAUACUCACAGUUGUUCUUUCAUGGGUGUCAUUUUGGAUCAAUAAGGAUGCAGUUCCUGCACGGACUUCUCUGGGCAUUACAACAGUGCUGACCAUGACAACGUUGAGUACAAUUGCUAGGAAGUCACUCCCAAAGGUUUCCUACGUGACAGCAAUGGACCUUUUUGUUUCAGUUUGCUUCAUUUUUGUGUUUGCUGCCUUGAUGGAAUAUGGCACCUUGCAUUAUUUUACCAGCAACAGAAAAGGGGACAAAGGAAAAGAAAAGAAGGCAAAAUCGAAGCCAUCGAAACCACCUGCAAUUGCUGUUCGACCUGGAUCAACUCUAAUCCCAAUUAAUAACAUUAAUCAUCUCCCUGAACGCGAUGAUGAUUAUGGAUAUGAGUGCCUAGAAGGGAAAGACUGUGCUAGCUUCUUUUGUUGUUUUGAAGACUGCCGCACAGGAUCUUGGAGAGAAGGAAGAAUACACAUCCGUAUUGCAAAAAUUGACUCCUAUUCUCGAAUCUUCUUUCCAACUGCCUUUGCAUUGUUCAAUCUUGUUUACUGGAUAGGAUAUCUGUAUUUAUAAAUUUCAGAGGUUUGACAAACUCAGAAAAAAAUGUUAAUUGAACAGUCAUUAACACUUUUCAGUGAGCAGUCAAAAGAUUAGAGCUGGUCCAAAAUGACUCAAAUUGUUUGUAUGCUUUAAAAAUUUGAAACAAUGAGAGGAAAUACGGUGAUGUAGUCUCCCUCUUGUGAUCAACUAUAGAACUGAUAGUGCUAUUUUGAAGAGAAAAUUUAAAAAUAAAUAUCCUGAAGAUUUUACUUGCCAGAACAUACGUUUAUUUUUGUCCAGCUCUAACAAAAUGCAGAGUCAAGAGACUCUGUUAUUUAACUGGAUGGUUCUACAGAAGCUCUCAAUUGUAAUCCUAAAUGAUAAUGCAGAUGAAUUUUGUAGCAUCUCUUACACCUUUACAGAGAAAGCCUUAAUAAAAUGGGAUUAGUUAUUCUCAUACAUUUCAUCCACAAGGUAAUGAUUUUAUUAAUCCCUGAUUUAAAAAAGUUGAAAUGGAACAUUUCUAUUUUUCAAACAGCCAUUUGUUCUCUGCAGUAUGUUAAAAAGAAUGAUUAAGUCAUAAUUGUAUUCAGAUUUAUACAGAAUGCAGAGAUUAGAGCAGCAAGAAAUGGAUAUAUCACAAAACCCCCAAGGGUAAUUCUGAGCUUGUCUUAUCCUGACCACUGAUAUAGGCUUUUGGUCUUCAGUGUUAAAUUGCACUUAUGUCUGUUCUCCAUCUGCCAUUACUUCACUGUUGAGAGUUUCCCAAAGUUCUCCAAGAGGGCUACAGCUUUCAAAAAUUCCUACCCAGCUGUUGUUGCUUGCUCAUUUCAUGGAAACCAGGCUGAUGUUGGCUGACUGAGGUCCUGGCCAUUAAACUUAAUACUCUUCACAUCCUCCCCAUUCGCCUCUCUAAUUCAUACUCAGAGCCAGAGAAAAAGUCAUAACUCUACAUUUGGUAGAAUUUCCAUCAUCAGAGUUUGGAAAACCUGUAGCAGUGCUAUAGUCAUUGUAUUCAGAGCCACUGUGUUAAAUCUCCAGCCCUAAGAGCAUAGUGUGUGACCUGCUCCACUUUGCAUACAGUAUGAUUUUGUAGAUUCUGCUUGUUACUGUGUGUGCUACUCACUGAGCCAAAGCCAAAUGGUGUGAGUUGACUGAACCUGUGUUACGGAUUGCUGUGUAAUUACCUCUUUGAUAUUUGUUUGUUUCUAAUGGAAA